GUAUAUAUAAAUACACACACAUUCAUGUAUGUAUUUAAGAACAUUUACAUGUCUAUAUUUAUAUUUAUUUACAUUUACAGGAGAAUGUAUGAUGUGUGAGGAUGUGAGUGAUGAGGCGCAAUGCGCAAAAGACAAACCCAAAAAACUCUGCAAUUUUUUGAAGAAGACGUUUGGCACUGCAAAGUGCCCGUUCCUUCAAAAUAAUAAAGUGGAAACAUUGAUUCCUUCAAAGGUCAAUGCCGAUUCAGCUAAUCCUAAUCUAAAGGAUGAUGCUGGUCUGGCCAGGCCGGAAUCAAUCAUACCGGACAAACGAAAGGGGUUCUUUGACUAUUUCCGGAAGGGCAAAGUGGAAGCGAUGCCGAACCCACAGCUUAAAGCGGAUCCAACUAUCCCUUAUGCUAGGGAAGUUGUUGAUCUUGCAGCUCAGUCAAAGACAAACGUUGGUCCGAAGAAAAACAAGCAGACGGCUUUUAAGAGCCGCUUUUUUGACUUCCGGAAAAAAACUUUGAAGCCUGUUGAUGGAAUGCAACAGCUCAACGCCGAUCUAGCUAAUCCUGUUGCCAUGGAUGAAGCGGAUCCGGCCAUUCGUGAGUUUAUAACUCACAGCCGCACGGUUGCAGCCAGUGCCGAGCUGCAAACAAGUGCUAUUCCAGCCCACUUCUGGGCAAGGAAUCAAGAUUCCAGAACUUUCAGGGCAAAAAAUGCCGAAAAGCCCAGUCUGAAAGAAGCUGGAAAACCCGGGCCGAAAGAUGUCGGAAAACCCGGGCUGAAAGAUGCCGGAAAACCCGGCCCGAAAGAUGCCGGACAACCUGGGCCAAAAGACGCCAAAAAGCAAAGACCGAAAGGUGGAAAACCUGGGCUAAAGGUUGACGUUAAUACGGCUACUUUCGAAAAAGAUAUCAAUCCGGCCGAUGCCGAGCCGGAGUCUGGCCCAAAGAAAGCGACUAUUAGAGAAUCUUUGUUGUCUAAAUAUGAGUUUUCUUUGUGUAACGUCCUUGGCGAGGGCAGCUUUGGCAAGGUGUACAAGGGGACGCGUAGGUCUGAUGGCAAAGAGGUCGCCAUCAAACUAAUGGAGCGAAAUAAAGACGACAAAUAUCUUUUUAUCCCUGGAUACACCGAACCGCUCCUUACAGAAGUGGGGCUAACUCUUAAAAUGCGAGAAUGUCACAGCCCCUUUGUCAUUGAGAUGUAUGACUGGUAUGAGGAUCCCAACAUGAUCGCACUCGUGUUGGAGUAUCCUCAACCCAGUCAGACACUCUGGGAGUUUUUGACCUCGCGCCAUACACCACUGACUGAAUCAGCAGCACGACCCCUAAUGUACCAGGCUGUACAAGCGGUGCAACACUGCCUGGAUCAUGGCGUUUUUCAUUCUGACGUCCAUCUUGGAAACUUCUUGUUGGACCAAGUCAAUAUGAAGCUGACUUUAAUUGACUUUGGACUUGGAAGUUUACUUACGGACGAUGGCUAUGAUUCAAAAGGCUUUAAAGGAGCUCUGCAAUGCACCCCACCUGAGGUCCAUGCCAAAGCCAGGUACUACGCCAUGCAAGCAAACGUCUGGGCAUUAGGAGUGUUCCUGUAUGCCAUGGUGCAUAGACGUUACCCUUAUAAGCAAAAAGCGACAAAAUCUCACAAGCUUCGCCUUAACAAGAAACAUUUUUCAAAGGAACUCUGUGAUCUGAUUAAACGGUGCUUAGACAUGAAUCCAGCUAAACGGCCGUCGAUCCAGGAGAUCUUAGAUCAUGACUGGUUUAAGAUCGACUAGAAAGAAAGGCAGUGAAAUGGAUUCAGUCCAUCAGAUACACAGUGUGAGGUAACAGACAGAUUAGGAAACUACAUUUGUAAGAGAGACGUGCUUUAUGUCUUUGUGUAGUUAGAUUUAUGUAGAGUAGUAAGAUUGAGCUUUAAAAAUGUAAAUGCCAACAUGUUCUUGUUUCUCCUAUUUAGAUUUUGUCAAGAAUCAUCCAG